CCACUUGAACUGCCAACUUGCACGAGUUAAUGUAAUGAUACAGCGAUGCUGCAGGACAGCAAUACAUCCAAACAUAAUGCCAUGUUAGGAAAAAAGAUCGCGCAUCCAAAAUCCACCAACUACGACGACGAUGACCACUUUCCCACCCCUCCGCCGAAGCGCGUCAAGACAGGCGCGUCGCGUAUCGCCAGAGAUGAGAUUCCAGACUCGGAGGACGGCAGCGAUAUAGAGCUAUCGGCAGAACCUAAAGAUGCAAGGCGGACAGACCUGGAAACUGCUCUUCCUCAAAUCGAGACAGACAAAGAGGCCAUCGAAGCGUACGAAGCGUCCAAAGCAGCCGAGCAGGCAGAACUGGGCCUGCAGGAGCGGCUGGAUGGGCGGAAAUGGACAAGAGGGAAGACAUCCAUUUAUGUCGACGCUUUCAACCUUGCGCUCGAGACAGUCUUGGAGGAAGAGAGCCAUCUCUUCGACGAGGCGGAACAUGCUGUGUUCAAGCAGUGGCGGGAUUUGACAUACGAAGCACAAUACUUGUAUGUGCGUCUGUUCUUGCGAAAGACAUCGAGUUGGCAUCGAAUCACUCGUCUUGGAUACCACAGCGAUAUCGCAGAUUUACCUAAGGCUAUUGAAGAGCUGCAAGUGGUCCGCGACCUACCUAUAGCUUCUUCGCAGGAUCAAGAGCAUCCUGGCGAGCUGGCACCUCCCGAAGGCACGACCCUUGGUGAGAGCUUCACGUUUGCGGAUCGGUCCCAGGACUGUAUCACAACGCUCGAAGAGGCUUCGUCCUUGCUUUUACUAGACGAGCUCAAGGCUAUUGCGAAGGAAGUGAAAGUACAAGGCAAAAACAAGAAGGAAUUGUUGAAGAAUUUGCGCAGCACGAGCGGAUCCCAGACCGCGCUAUCACGUUUUGGCAGCUUACGACGAUCUGACACCGACGAGACAACAGCAUCGCGCGGUUCUGAGCAUGGAGAAGACGACAGCCGCGAGGCCACUCCCGGUAAGCUGGAGAAUCGCGAUAAUCAUUUCCUUGACAAAAUCAUGGCGGAAACAGGACCAUGUAUACGACUUUCUUUGGCGACGCUCAAGCUGUUUGAGCGUGUUCACUUGGUUUUUUAUCGAUCGACAGAGUGGACUGAGAAGUCUUUGACGACCAUCAUCCUCGCUCGUAUCGCGCGCCGAAAUUUCCCAGAAUACAUCGUAUCGCGUUCUGCGAGCAUUUUCCCUUCUCGUGCUUUGCUGUUGGAAUUCGAGGCUUCGGUGCGUACGCAAUUCAGAGUGGACAAUGUGCUGGAGUUCAAUGGAACACCCACGAAGGAGACUCUACAAGAUGUCCUUGGCAUCUGCGAAGAGGUCUUGCCACGCUGGCGUGUCCUGCUAGCUGAAGAACAACGGAAAGAAGACAGCAUCUACAGUACUGGGGAGGGAGCGUAUCUACGUCGGCUUUCGCCCGCCUGGGUCUAUACAAGGAUCGUGCACAAAGGAGCAUAUGUUCUGGGCAAGUUCAAAGACCACAAGCGAGAGCAUGAAGUGUUGUGCGAGCUGCUUGGACAGAAGCUUUUCCACACCUCUCGGCGCGGCGACUGGUACCAAAGAAAAGCCCUCCUCGAGGAACAUUACAUGCAUCUCCAUCUGCCAUGUCCUCCUGAAUGUAAGGACAUUGAAUCAAAGAAGAAGCAUUUCAAAAGAGUAGCGUUGGCUACCUGCGAAGAGGGAUUGCAAGACCAGUUGACGCAUCUCAUCUUCCACAGAGACCUUCAGAAGCGCAUCACAAAGCUAGAGAAGAGCUUGAAAAUUCCAAAACGUCAGCAGCAUGAUUUUGAGCAUGUGCGCCUUGCUAAAGCGCAGGAGCGCACAUUCGAGGGUAUCCGUAUUGAACGCAGCGCAUCGAAUGGAAGUCGUCGCAAUAGCGAACAGAAUAAACCGACUGGCUUUCGUGGAGCAAAGACAAUUUGGCUCGAUCCUGCCUUGAGCAGAAGCAAAGUCGAAGUCCCGUUGAAAGACGAGGAUUCGCCCACAGCAGAAGCCGACAGCGGACAAGCGACGCCCGAAUUGGAGGGCGAAUGCUCUGUCGAGGAAAUGUGUCUCUCCUCCUACCGCGCUCUCGGCUGGAAAGGAUAUCACUCAGAGGGUCGCAUUCUCCGGACUUUCUUCGCCUAUCUCUUCUUCGACAUUCUAUUCCUCUACAUUCCCAACGUCUUUCAAACAGCCUACCAGACCUGUCCCUUGGAUUUACAUACGGACGCAUUCUAUCCGAGUCGGAUCAGCGAAGUCAACACACGUUUGAACGAGAUCAGCAAUGGCGAUGCCACGAAGUUGAUCCAAGGUGUAUGGGACGCUCAUUACGAGAGGCAGACGUGUGUGGUGGGCCUCGAUUGGACAUUCGAGUUAUCGGACCUAUUGGAGAUCGCGUCUUGCUUCCCGCCCGCUGCGCUGAGCACGGUGAUGAAGGUCAUGGUGCAAGAGUAUGGGCAAAGAGGGGGUGGUGUACCGGACUUGUUCUUGUGGAGGCUGGAGAGGGAGGAUGGCAAUGAGGGCAAGGGUGAGGUCAUGUUCUCGGAAGUCAAGAGUGAGAACGAUCGGUUGAGUGAUACGCAGAGAAUGUGGAUUGAUGUGUUGUCGAGCGCCGGCGUGAGAGUGGAACUAUGCCAUGCUGUCGCGAAGGAGGUGAGGGUGAGAUCCUGACCAGGUGCGUUCACUCAGAACACCGAUCGCCAUGCAAACCACUUUUGUCUCUGAGAGUAUAGUGACCUCCUAGCUUGCGAGGUUGACUGCGGCCCAAA